CUGAAAACAAGUUUUGCGGUUAGCCACGUGUGCGCGCGUGCGUCUCGAAGAUCUCUUGUCCGGCAGUCCGGUCAGAAGAGGCCGCCGCCGCUGUCCGUCAAGCUGCUGCCGGCCUGUCCCUCCACAAGUAGGGUGCGGCUCAAUUUUCGUAAUCUUCAAAAAUCAAAAGAACAGACGGAGACACGGCGAAUCAAUACUCCGAAGAUCGGUGGGAAGAAAGUCGAAAAGUUGCAAGUUGGAAAGAUGGUUUUCGGUCGUGUGGUGUUAGCUUGGCUGCUGUUGGUGCAGGUUUUGACGACGGUGGAAGUGACUGCUGGUGCUGCAUCUAAUGCUUGGGAAGACGAAGACUCCGACCACUGGAUGCAUCCGCAGUCGUUUCUAUUCCGAGAAGGAAACCCUUCAACGACGAUGACGAAGACCAGGCAGAAGCGUUUCUCGGCCAAGAUGCCAGAGGUACGUUUCCAGCCGGUUGACAUCGAGCGACACCCGGACUAUUGGAACAACGUUGCCCAGACCAUACUGGGCCGGCAGUUGGACAAAAAUCAACUCAACACCAAGGUGGCCAAGAAUGUUAUCCUGUUCAUGGGCGAUGGGCUCUCGAUCCCAACGCUGGCCGCCACCAGAGUUUUCCUGGGGGACGAAAGCACCGAGCUGUCGUUCGAGAAAUUUCCAUACGUUGGACUGUCCAAAACGUACUGCACUAAUGUGCAAGUUGCGGAUUCUGCCUGCACAGCCACAGCAGUUCUGGCGGGAGUGAAAGCCAACUACGGAACCAUCGGUCUUUCGGCAGCUGCCGCUUUGGGGGAUUGCUAUGCCCAGAACAACACCGACAAUCACGUCCAGUCGAUUGCAAAGUGGGCACAGGACUACGGAAUGGCAACCGGUUUCGUCACAAACACCCAGGUGACGAACGCAUCGCCGGCCGGCGUGUACGCAAACACGGCCAACCGCAACUGGGAGAACGAUGACAACGUCAGGCAAAGCGGGUUCGAUCCGAGCGUUUGUCCGGACAUUGCCACUCAGCUGGUUCAUGGCGAUGUUGGGAGACAUUUGAAGGUAAUACUGGGAGGAGGACGACGCCAGUUCUAUCCGAACACCAGCACCGAUUCGGAAGGAGUUCCCGGACGCCGGACCGAUGGCAUGGAUUUAAUCAAACACUGGCUCCAUCACAAAAGGUCCCACCAGCAGAAUCACGGAGGUGGUAGAGCCUCGUACGUACAGAAUCGUGAUCAGCUAUUGGAGGUCGAUGAAGACACCGAGUACUUGCUGGGGCUGUUCCAUGCAAAUCAUGUUCCCUUCCACAUGGAUGCCGAUGCCAAGGUGAUUCCGACGCUGGAGGAGAUGGUCGGCAAGGCGAUGGAUGUCCUGGAGAGGGACAGCCACCAUCGGGGCUAUUUUCUCUUUGUGGAAGGAGGACGCAUUGACCAUGGCCAUCAUACCAGCCAACCGGCAAAGGCUUUCGACGAGACGGUCGAAUUUGCCAAAGCAAUCGACCUGGCUCGUCGGAGAACAUCGCUGGAGGACACUCUGAUAGUGGUUACGUCGGAUCAUUCCCACACCAUGACCAUGAGUGGAUAUUCGAGUCGAGGCAAUGACAUCCUCGGAAUCAACGACAGCCAACAGGGGCUGGACAGUUUACCGUACGCCACAAUCAGCUACGCCAAUGGACCGGGCUACGAGCGCAACUUGGACCGGGAUGGCCGACGCAAUCUGAACCAGGUCGAUAUGCACCAGGAGGAUUACAAGUUUCCCAGCACCGUGCCGUUGGGUUUGGAGACGCACGGAGGGGAUGACGUGGCCGUUUUUGCCAGCGGACCUUGGGCCCAUCUGUUUUCCGGGACCUACGAGCAGAACUUCAUUCCGCACGGGAUGGCUUAUGCGGCUUGUAUCGGUUUCGGUCGGACCGCCUGUGGUGAUCAGUGAAGUGUUUCCCCCCAUUCAUCCUUCCUCGGCGACAUAAGAUGAACAAAAGUAACGAAUCUCAGAAAAAAAAAUUAAAUAAAUCCCAUUUAUCACAAAAGA